AUGGUUAGAUCAACUUCACCUGACAGAUACGAUAGCAGUGAGAGAAUGCAGGAAUCAGAUGCUCAUCAUCAUCAUGGCUCAAAGCCAUCUGGAGGAGAGAGAAGAGGAGAGACCGAAGAGACAAGAAACAGGGGCAACUCAUUGCACGUCGCAAACCUAACUCUGAAGUUAAAGGAUGAAGAGCUUCGUGAGAAGUUCGCUCCGUUUGGAAAUAUUAUAGAAUGUACUAUACUGGUUGAUCCAAACACAAAGCAAUCGAGAGGAUUUGCUUUCAUCACUUAUUCGACAACCGACGAGGCUGAAGAGGCAAUGAGAGUGAUGGAUGGUGAGAAGAUUGACGGCAACGAGAUCAAAGUAUCAAAGGUAACGACUCAUCAACUCAACCACCCAGCUCAACAACAUUCAUCGUCUCAGCAGCAGCAGCAGCAGCAGCAGCAACACAACUACUACUACAACUACCACUACGAUGACAUCAACGCUGGGUACUCAGCAUACACUACUACAACACAACCGUCCAUCACCAUGUCAACAUCGUUUGCCCGUCUCAGCCACAACACAGCCACAGCCACACAGCCACAACUACAACCACAACUCAAUGUCUCCCUCCUCCUAUGUCAAUUCCAAACGAUCAAGGGCCAGAGAGUCAACACCAGGCACCUACAUGGGCAGCGAUCGUCACAAGAGACAAACCAUUGCCAUGGCCAUUAUCAAGCAGAUUACCCUACAUCGCGAACAUACCCUGCCUAUCCAUAUCCACCACCCCCACCAUAUCCCUAUCCACCAUCAUCCAAGUCGAUGCCAUACACGGCACCACCCAUCCCUCAUCCUUAUAGCAUGGGUGCCUACUAUGGCUACGGCGCGCCAGCCUACCCCUACCCGCCCGCCUAUGGUAAGUCGAUUGGAUAUGAAAACAGAUACUCUCCCUAUAUGGGCGGCUCGCGAUACACUGAUCGCACGGCGCGCGGAGGCGGCGACUAUGACAGCGAGAGGACCCGUGACCGAGGUGAGCGUACCGAUCGCAGCAGCGGCAGUGGCGGUAGUGGUGAUCGCGACCGUGACAGAGAUCACUACCGUCGCAGAGACUAA